UAUAAAUUGUAUAUUUUUAUUCUGGAUUUUGUGGCCAUUCUAAAGCGAAUUUACAUCGGAUUCGAAAAGUGUUCGACUUUGGAUGCGAAGACCUUGACCUCCAAGCACAAUAUUUCACUUGGAAGCAGGCUUACCAUUUAAGCUUAUGCGGUAUGAACAUUUAAACAAGGAUAUAUAUUUGCCUUCCUCAAGUGGGCCUGCCAUAUCUUUGUCGGGGUGUAAAAAGAACGGCUUCUUGCUGAAAAUUUGGACGUUGUUCGAUUCGAGGAAUUGUAGCAAAUUUGAGCUUCGAAAUUCACUGAUUCUGGGCUAGCGGGAAGUCUGUUUAGCGACAUUACCGAGAUCGAAUCUUGGUUGAUCGCUGAGGAAUUCGAAGAACGUUCUUACAAAAAUAACAACUUAUUAGCCGUGCAAGAUAUUUUGGCGAUCCCUAGCGAAUUUUAUUAACAUCGAAGUGUCGAGAAUUGGUCAUUCUCGCCGAAGGAUUUUCGGCAGGAGACGAGCGUCGCGAGGUAUUUGUCAAAAGUGUCGAAAACUUGUCGAAUUAGAAACCGCUUUGCUUUGUUGACAGAAGGCAAAAGUCAAAUAUUAAAUUAGAACUUAUAUUUAAAUUCUGUUACUUUUGAGAGAGAUUCGCUUCGAAGCAGAAAUAAUUUCGGUUGGAUGAAAGCUUGUUUUGAAGCAAUGAAUCGAAUGUGUUUGUGAAGUUAAAGCAAGCAGGAAUUUGCAAGAAAAAUUGUUAUUUAGACUAAUAACAAAGCGAAUAUUUUAGUAUCUUUGUGGAUCGUUAGCGAGAACUUGGCCGAAUUCAGCGGGGGUUCUAAAAUUCAUUGUUGGUAAUCAAAUGUCCGUCUACUUCGCAUUGAAUUAGUGAACGAAGGUUGACACUUUCGAACAAUGGUAUGUUGAAAUGAACAUUUAUCGAAAGAAAUAGCCAAGAGUCAGUAUCUGAAAUGGCUGAAACUAGUGAACGUUUUAUAAAGUGUUUGAAGAAACCACCGAUAGCAAGGACAGACGAGGAUUUAUCAUGUAUCUUGAAGCAUUUACGUGGCAUGCAGGCUAUGUCUGGUCUUGGAGGCGAAGUUAUAAAAGCCAUGUGUAAAACAGCUCGCUAUGAAGUCCAUGAAUCCAACCAUUUGUUAUACAUGCAAAAUGACUAUGCAACAUGUUGGUACAUCUUGUUGUCAGGCUCAGUGUUUAUUGAUUGUAACAUGUAUCUUCCUGGAAGCAGUUUCGGCAAACAACCUUUAUGGUUUGAUGGCCGCCGUGGAAGUGAAUGCCUUAUUCUGGAGCAUUCGGAAAUGAUUGUUAUCGAUUACCCUGACUCAAGAUUACUGAAACCAAACCAAAGGCGUUCAUACGAGGCCAUGGACCUCGAGAUGAUGUUAGCUUUAGAAAGCGAAGAAGUCAAAGUUGGAGGACCCAUACCGGAUGAAAAGGUACCUCAAGAAUUGGACCAAGUGAAAAAACUGUUGUUAAGAUCCGCUGAAGAACCAGAUUUUUCAAAUCAAACGCGAUCUGUUCCAGAUUUCGAUUUGGAUCUCUCGGGAUUAGUUGAAAGCAUUGUUGAUUCGGAUGACGAUGAAACGACGUCGCAGUCGUCGAGCGAGUCCAUGAUGGUUCGAGAUGUAGUUCGGGAUUGCCUAGAGAAGGACGCAGCGGAAAGAACCGAAAACGAUAUUGAGGCUCUCAUGGAUUUCAUGCAGCAUCUUCCGGCGUUUGCAAACAUGACAACGAACAUUCGACGAGAACUUUGUGCUGUGAUGUUGUUUGCAGUCGUUGAACAUGCUAACAUCGUUGUCCUGAAUGAUGGUGACCAGCUCGAUUCCUGGUGUGUCAUCUUGAACGGUUCUGUAGAAGUGGUUGUUGAAGGCCAGGAUCCAGUAACACUUCAUUUAGGAGAGAGUUUUGGUGUUCAACCCACACUUGAGCAGUACUAUCACAAGGGGAUAAUGACGACGCGUGUGGACGAUUGCCAGUUUGUGUGCAUCCCCCAAUCAGAAUAUCAUCGUAUUCUGAGCCAAGGUGAACAGAACAUCCACGAGGUUACCGAGAAUGGCGAGGUUGUCGUGGUAACCGAGUAUCGCUCACUGGAUGGCGGCAAUCGACAUGGUCACGUCGUUAUCAAGGCCCAACCAAAGCGUCUUGUCGAUCACCUGGUCGAGAAUCACUCCGUCGUAGAUCCAACGUACGUUGAAGACUUUCUAUUGACCUACAGAACGUUCUUCAACGAACCAACCGAUAUCUGCUCCCAGCUUUUGGACUGGUUCGACAUUCCUGACCUCAGAGACAAGGUAACCCGAGUAAUGUUGUUGUGGGUUAUAAAUCAUUUCAACAGCGAUUUUGAGGACAGUCCAUCAAUGGAAAAGCAUUUGGAUAGAUUCGAGAAGGGUUUGGAAAAACACUCUAUGAUCGGUCAGCUACGGUUACUCCACAUCGCUUGUUCAUCUAAAGCAAGACUACGGAAAGUUACCUUGGUUCAUCCGUCGAAAGACUCGUCGCUGAAUUUCUCAAUCACCGGGGGGAAAGACCGAGGCUUUGGAAUAUUUAUUGCUAAGGUAAAGAAGGGCUCGAAAAUUGAGCAAGCAGGUCUACGCAAAGGAGAUCAGAUCCUAGAAGUGAACGGUCAGAACUUUGAAAAUAUGACGCUUGCGAAAGCAAAAGAUAUCUUGAAAAGUCAGACGAAUUUGAACAUCAGUGUCAAACACAAUAUCGCUGUGUUCAAAGAACUUUUACAAAGUCCUCUAAAGAAAACAUCGAAUUUAAAAGCGAAGAAAAAUGAAGUUCAGAGGAGUUCGUCCGACAGUUGCGACAAACGUUUUGGUUUCAUGCAUCGAAGUAACGAUCCUUUGUAUUACUCCGAUUAUUCCGGAAAGAAACUUGGGAAUCCAUUUGGAGGUAUUUAUGCAACAACACGAAUCAAAAAGACAUUCAUGAAAUUCACUACAUUACCACGUUCACCAAAGGGCGAAAAAGAUGUGAAAGGUUUAUACGGUAUAUCAUACGAUGACUCCAGUCUCGUGAAUUCGAAGAAAACUGCAAUGAGUAAUGGGACAUUGCGCGCGUACAGCUCUUCUGAAAACAUCGCUGAAGAUGAAGCAGACCAUGUACAACCUGAUCAAGUCAUCCGGAUCUAUAAGGCUGAUCACACUUCAAAAUACUUUGUAAUAUAUCAGGAUACGACUGUUCGUGAAGUUGUGAACAUGGCUGUUGACGCAUUUUCAUUGGCCGAGUCCGCUUCCAAUUUCUCUCUGAGCGAAAUCACGGUGAAUGAAGGAGAUUUAAUAAAACAGAAACGACUUCCUGACAUGAUGUGUGAUCUUGUGAAUAAAGCUGCGUUGAAUGGCCGAUAUUAUCUUAAAGAUUUCACAUCAACCGACGUCACAUUACUUCCUGAAGAAACGAUACAGGAAUUAGCCAAGGAAUUACGAUAUACGUUAGCUGACCUAGAUUCCACUGAAGUUGCUCGACAAGUUACUUUAAGAGACUUCGAGAUUUUCCAAAAGAUCGAGUCUUCGCAGUAUAUUUAUGAGCUGUGGAAAUUUGAAGAAACUUUGCGUAAUAGUUUAUUAAAGUUCUCAAAGAUAUCGGACGAGGAACGAUACUGGGUUAUUACAGAGAUUUGUAAGGAACCGAGUGCUGUGAAACGCGUAAAGAUUAUCAAACAAUUUAUAAGGAUUGCAAAACGAUGUAAAGAUUGUAGAAAUUUCAAUUCUAUGUUUGCAAUCGUCAGUGGUCUUGACCAUUCUGCUGUGCAGAGAAUGAAAGGGACCUGGGAGAGAGUUCCCAAUAAAUAUACUAAAAUAUUCGAAGAUAUUAAAGAUUUAAUGGAUCCUUCAAGAAACAUGUCAAAAUAUCGCACUCUGUUGAGCAGAGAGCAGAGAUACCCACCUGUGGUACCAUUUUUCCCCAUCGUGUUGAAAGAUCUUUCCUUUUUACAUUUUGGAAAUAAAUCAAAAGUUGAUGGUUUGAUCAACUUUGAAAAGCUACGCUGUAUAUCAAAAGAAGUACGAAAUACGACGAAACUUGGUCUCGUGCCUUACGACAGUUUUCUAAUGUUCGACCGUGCUGUGCCAGAUACACCUGGACCUACGGUUAUUCAAGCUCUUACCAGCGGUCUUCAGAACAAGAACAGGCGCAGUCGCCGUGAUAACGGCUUUCGAAAUCCAAGAAAGAUGCACGAAGAGGUGCUCAUGAGCCGUCGCGUGAAGAAGUAUCUCGCCAAUCUAACUGUGAUUACGAACGAGGACAAACUUCGCGAGCUGUCGUUAAAUUGCGAACCUCCUCCGGGCUCAGUUCCACUGUCAGUUCAACUGAAGAGGAAGCCAACACCACCAAAUUCCCCGGGUGAAAAUCGAGUCUUGAAGGAAGAAGUCGUUUCGCGAUCAUCAACAGUAAGCUCUCCGUCAUCGUCCCUGCCUCCAACAUCUCCAAGGACGAUCAGCAUCAAUGAUAUCGAGGUUUUUCCGGAAAUAGGAGAUUUAACUGUGGAGGAACAAAAAUAUCCAACUAAACCAGACACGUCAGCACGAUUAUCCAGAUCAACAACUCCCAGUCCGUCGACUCCCGACAAAGGAGCGUCAUCCCAUACAUUUUUCACUGCAGGGAAGGGAGAAAGCCGAAUAUCAGCAGUAUAGCAUAUAAUGAAGAAAUGUCACAAAAUUCGAUAUAAUGUAUGCACCACACCACGAUUAACGGCAACCUUCGCAAAUUUCACAUGGCGGAAUAGCAACGCAUAAUAAGACAACUUAAUAUUUCAGAUAUAAUAUGUAUAUAUAUAUUUUAAUAUUUUAUUAUGAUCGAAGUGUAAAUGUUCUGUGCGCGGAAGAUUUGUACAGAUAGGAAAAAUAUUUUUAAACAAUUUUGCUGUAGUCGCAUUUUUAGAUCACCCUACACAUCAUAUGAACUUAUUUUAUAUUGGAAUAAAAUAGAUUA